UCUUCUCUCUGGAAAUAAAACAAAUUUUGUUUCAUAGCCAAAACAAAACUCAAGGCGUACACAUUAAAUUCUAAUAAAACGCAUUGACAAAAGUCAUACCACUAAAAUGUUUAAUGACGAUGAAUUGGUGCCUCCAACUUGGAUAGAUAGCACGUUCUUAGAGAAUGCAUUGACCAAAUAUGGAAAUAAUAAAACAGUCGAGAUUAUUAAAUUUGAUUUGAGUCCCGCCACCAUGAAGGGAGAUCACUAUGCAAGUGUUAUGUUUCGUUGUAAACUUGAAUACAGAUGCCCCGAAACAAGUUCCCAUAUUCAUAAAUCCUUAAUAAUCAAAACCAUUCCCGAUGAUGAGAAAAACAUCAAAUAUAAAUUUCUAACAGAGGGCACUAUCUUUGAAACGGAAAUCAGUAUGUAUGCGGAGGUAAUACCCAAAAUUGAGAAAAUACUGGCCGAAUGCGGAGAGCCAACAAAAUUGGCUCCAAACCUUAUCUAUUACUCUCUGGAACCUUACAAGGUUAUAGUUUUGGAAGACUUAUGCGUUGAAGGCUAUCAAACACUUCGAGGUCGUUACCUAGAUGAUGACGAGGUAAAAAUUGUCUACGGAAAACUAGCCAAACUACAUGCUGUUACAUAUAUGCUGGGACACAGUGAGGACCAGGAAUCAGUAACCAAAUUUCAGGAUGGUUUUAAGGUUUACAGUUUGCCCAUGAUGAAGGAAAUGCAAAAGAAUGGCAUCAAACAGUUCAUAAAUAUGUUGUCAUCCCAUGAAGAUUUCAAAGUCUAUGCGGAAAAAUUUAAGGCUAUGGAAAAUGAUUUACAUUCAGCUUAUAAGAAUAUUUUCAGAGCAUUCGCUCUCAAAGGAGGGGAUGAAGAAGAUGCUGCGUUCGUUUUAAAUCAUGGUGAUUUUCACUUGAAGAAUUUAUUGUUUACUCUCAACAAUAAGCAAAAAGUAGAGGAUGUUCAAAUGGUGGACUUUCAACUUAGUAGCUAUGCUCCCUCCAAUUUGGAUUUGACAUAUUCACAAUAUUUGUUGCUUAGCUCCGAUCAGCGCAUGAGACGUGACGAAUUCAUGCAAUACUAUUUCAGUGAAUUCGUAAGGAUUUUAAAGAAAAUCCAGUAUCAAGGCGAAUUGCCAAAAUAUUCAGAGUUUCAAAUGGCGGCAUUGAAGUAUAGACAUCAUUCUGUAUGUUUGCUAAGCACCAUGCUACCAAUAGUCAUUGGUUUCUUCAGCAAAACCGCUGAAGAGUUAAAAGAUAUUCAAACUGCAGAGUUAUCCGAAAACAGAGAUUUAGAUACACCAUACUUUUAUGAAGCUGAUUUUAUUGCUGAAGAUCGUAAACUAUUGCCAAAGUUACUCUAUGAGGGAUAUCUGGACUGAUUUGUGAUAUGGUUUAUGAUAUAAAAAUAUUGAGAAUAAAGAAGAAAUUGAAAUUUCAUUGCAAAUCA